AUGCGAGAUGGCCGCUCUGACAACGGAACAUCUAACAAAGAGAGGUAUCCGCCGCCAUCGUUGCUGCAGGUAUUACGAAUAGAGGUCGCCUUUUCGACAACGUUAUUCAUAAAUAUAAACAAGUGCGAGGGCGGACUUGACGAGGUGGUCGACGAGGAGAACGAGAACGCAAAACGGCAAGAGAAAGCGGCGGAACGACGAGGCAGCGUCAAGAUAACUUGCACACUUCACUCACCGAUCGAUCCUAAGCCUCAACGGCACCGCCAGCGGCAGCAGCAGCGGCAGCGUUUGAAACCCUCACAGACGACGACCGUCCGUCAACGAACGAUCGAUGGCUACUUGUUUACGCCAACGAACCGACGACUGGAAGAGUCGUCGAACACCGAGUCAAUGACCACAGCGAUUAAACCUCAACGAAGAGUGUGA